AUGUAGGAACCAAAAAGAACUAGGAUCAUUUGUUCUGUAAGUGAAAAUUGUUCUAAUUACGAAUUGUUGCGGAACAUGGUAGAGGCAGGAUGCAAUGGUUUUACGUAGAAAAUUAGCCUAAUUAUUUUAGUAUUAAUAUGGCGUAUAUUAAAAAUAAAGAGAGUUUAUAAAUAUUGAAUUAAAAUAGAUACUAAUUAGAAUCUGAAUUCAAAACUAAAAUACCAUUGAAUUUAAUUUUAAGAGGACAGGUUAUAAGAGUAGGAUAAUUGCAAGAUCCUGAAACUUUGAUAGAAGUAAUUAAUUAAUCAAUUUUGAGGAAGGAAAUAUUGUAUACUUGACUUCAGAUUAGCAUAAAGUAGGAAAUAAUUAAUUAAUUCCAAUAGAUUCAAAUGAAUUUCUGGAGAAAUUAAAUAUAAAUGAUAAAUUAGCAAUUGACUAUGGUCAUAUAAUACUAGAACUGAUAGAUAUUUAAAUGUUCGACCAGUAUGAGUAGUUAAAAUAUUUAGAGUAAAUGAAAAAAUAGGGAUAGAUUAAAUAUGUUUAUUGAGUGGAGUGAAAAUAUAUAUCUGUAAAUGCUCUAAGACUGGAACUUUAAAAUCUUUUAAACCAAUAUCAAUAUUUGUAGAGAAUAAGACUUCAAAGGAAGAAGAACAAUUAGAAUAAGUAUCACUAACAGAAAAAGAUAUCUUAGAUAUAGAUUAUGCUUGUGAAUGCAAUUUCGAUAGUAUAACAUUUUCAUAGGUGAACACUGCAUUGGAUAUCAUAAAAGUAAUAUAAAUUAUAAUGAAAGGUCAAAGACAGAUUGGAACAAAAAUAUCCGCAUGUUUAAAUAUUUGCAAGGAUUGCAGAAAUGUUAAAGGAAGACUAAUUUGAGGAAAUAAUUAAUUUGGCAGACGGGUGUAUCAUCGCAAGAUCUCAUAUUUCAAUGACUUAGCCAGUGGAGGAUGUUGUCAAAUAUCAAGCUCAAAUAAUAUCCUGUUGUCGAAAACUAUUUAAACCUGUACUUGAAUUCAUCAUAAAAGGUCUUUGUAUCAACAUAUAUAUUGGAAUCCAUGAGUGUUCAACUUAAGCCUUCCUUUGCAGAUAUGGGAGAUAUUUCAAAUAUUGUUAAAUAAUAUAUAGACGGAAUCUUAUUAUCAGGAGAAACUAGUUUUGGGAAAUUUCCAGUUUUGAUAGUUUAAACUCUCAAUAAUAUAUGUCGAAAAAUAGAGAAAAAACUACUUUAGGAACUUUUUGAUCAUCCUUAACAAAGGGAUCAAUAUCAAGUAAAUUUUACUGGAUAACCUAUUGCAACUGUAAUUGCCAAAUCAUGUGUUGAAAUGGCAUAUAUGUAUUAAAUAUUCAGUAUUAUAAGUCUAUAAGCUAAGGCCAUUCUGAUGCUAACUCGUAGAAUAUAAACUACUUUGAAACUAUCAAAAUUAAGAGCUUCAUGCAAAAUCAUUUCAAUAAGUGAUAACUAACAGAUUUGCAGAUGUUUGAAUUACAUUAAUAAUGUGUAAUCAGAAUUAGUAAGUGGAUUUGCAAAUUAGGAAGAGUAAUUUAAUUUACGAUUAUUAAAGAAUUAUUUAGGAGUGUAUUUCAAGAUUGAUUGCUAAAAAUUUACUUUAACCUAAAGAUUACAUAGUAGUUAUUACUGGAAUGGUAGUUUAGAACAAAGAUUGGCAUAUAAAUUAGAUGAAGGUUCUGGAAAUAUGA